AUGAAAUAUCUGCGAGGAUCAGAAAUAGCUGUGAUGGGGAUCCGCCGGUUAGCGUGUUUGAUAUUAGAUUACGUCCGAUUCUGGAGCAUACUCCUCAAUACAUGCUCGUGGACCGCGGCCGAAAUUGCCUGCACAUUGGCUGGCUACGACCGACACAUUGAUCCGAGAUGCUCCGCUGUUGUCGUCGUGGGCAACGAGACUUGCGAUUCGGAGGUGAUAUUGAAACUGGCCAAGGCCGGUUACACCGUCUUCGUCGAUGGCGAUGUAGGCUUGGCUACAAGCGCGUCGGCACACGAUGCGGACACGCUUCAAUAUCCAGGGAUAUCGUCCCUGUUACACCGGUGGCAUAGCACAAAGGCCACGUCUAGGCACAAGACGAAAGGAUCAGGUCAAGUCAUCCCACUCGGACCACGAACAGGUGUAGACGCUACGAGACAAUUCUCUCGUGAUACUGUGCGGGCUUACUGCGACAACCAUAAGCCCGUUCUUCAGCUAUUGGCGCUGAUCAUACUCCCGCGCACGGACAUGUUGGAUCAUAAAUUUCCGCCCGAAUCAACGUUUCUAUCUACAUCUCCUGGAUCCCUGGCCGAGGCGAUCACAGAACACCUGGUUUCCCUUAGCUCAGCUCGGGAUUACGUUGGACUGCUGCAGAAAGGCACCGGACGAAUCGUCAUCCUCAUAAACUCUACUCACAACGAUUCCCUCCCUUCCUGUGUUUCCAGUCUCUGUUAUGAGACUCAACUUGCGGCCAUCCGUGUAAUGAGCCAAGAACUCAGGUUGCAGGGCAUCCACGUAUGCCAAAUCCUUGCUUCGCUAGGUAGCAUGCCUACUGGACAAGUCCUGGGGAUCUCGGCUCUCAGCCAUCGGUUCGGAAACGGUAUCGAUCAACCCUCAAACGUUGUUAUGGGAAAGUUGAACGAACUCUAUUCCAUCGCUCGUGACGACGCGUUAUGCCUGGUUCAGCAAAUGAUCGAAUGCAGAUACGCGCACCGCACAGUCAGCAUUGGGGUGCAUCCGCUAUUCAGAAGGCUUCAUUCGGCUGUUCCCAGUGGCGUUCAGAGUCACAUUUGGAAAUUGCUUACGGGGGAAUGA